AAAAAUGGCUAUAGUUUAGGCUAUUUUUUACCAAGUUUAUGUUAAUGGGAAAGAUAACACCUGGAAUAUGAAAGAAGUGUUGAUAUUUUUCUCAAUUUGUUUAAUAUCAGCCUCAGUUCAUGAAAACGGAGCAACAAAAUUAGUUCACAAGUCGGUCAGACACCGAAAGUUGUCCAAUGAAAGAUGGACGAGGGAUAAUUUAGUGAGAAAAGAAAAAUGGAAGAGACUCAAGUUGAACUCUUCAGAUAAAAAGGAAAAUGCCUCGUACAUGAAGAGACAAUUUGUUCCAGAGAUGCCUGCAUUUUUCAAUUUUCCCCACCCUCAUAUACAUCGGAUAAUAGUUCACCAUCAUCCAGGUAAGUGGGUCAAGAAGGUUCGCUGCCUGUGCAUAUCCCUCUUCGUAUGCUACUUUAAGAGGAAAAUAGAUUUAAGGAUGCGCUAAAAUCGUAUUCUUUCACAUAAAUACACUACCCGAACGCUACCGCUCCCAUUAACUUUGUUUGCAUUUUUCGCACACAUAGCACAACAAGCCCCCAGACGAAUUCAUGGUGUGCAAAGGUCAUAUAAGAGCCUACUAUAAACAAAUAUCCAUUUUAUCUAUAAAAGAUAUCAAUACUAGGCUAGUGUGGGCUUGUUUACAAAUUGUUGAAUGUCAUUUGCAAGAUUGGAUAACGCCUUAAGGCGUUGGCGCAUGGAAAAAUCCUCAGAUACUAAAAUACAGUGACAAUGUUUACAACAGUGAUACACUGUUUUAUUUGUUACACUAUCACCGUUAGAUUUGAUACAGCGCUUUGAUUUUAGUCCCUAAAUUAAAGAUUUGUAUUGGGGCGAAUUUUAUGACGCUUAAUGGCAAGAAACAUGUUAAAUUUUUAUGACGCUUUUGAAUGAAAGAACCUUCUUUGGUUUCGUUUCUUUCCAAUUCCACAUUUCACUUUAGGAUAUAUGUUAUGAGUUACAUUUAUUUUAUUUAUCACAGCGUUAGGUACCAAAGACCAUUUCCCAGCCGUUUUUCUGAUUUAAAUUUUCCGUUGCACAUUCUUCGUAAAAAAAGAUCUUAAACAAAAGAAUUCAUCCCUCAUUUUUAUUCAUUGCUUUAUAUGACGUAAAAUUGCGUACUGAGAAACCUGACAUUACAUGUCCGCUUUGCUGAAAUUGCCGUUAAAUCUAUUUUAUAUGAAAAACCAGGCGACGUUUGCAUUUUGCGUCCAGUGCAGCAACCAAGCCUAGAGGGCACAAAUCUAUCUCAAUACAAUCAGUGCCAUUAGUACUGUUUUUCCCGGUGUCUGUAGCUACAGUAAUUGACCCGUCCUGCUCCGCCAAAGGCAAAGCGAAAGUACUCAAACAUAACCAGUUUGCCAGUUUUCUGCUCUUACUUUAAUUCUGAAAAAACUUCUAGACUAUUGCACCUUUGGUAUUCAUCUUUAUUAUUAAAUUGAACUCUAGCUCACUCUACAUGCGAACCGAUACCUUGCCAAAAUGGAGGAACGUGCACCGUGGUGGCUCAUGGGUACGAAUGUACUUGCUCUCCAGGAUUCAUGGGAACGCAUUGUGAACGUAGGUUUUAACACCUUUGUUAGCAGAAAGAGUUAUUAAAUAUAGAUAUCUCCAGUGGUCCAGGUCUCUGUUUUAGUCCCAAGUCAUUGCCUUGAUUUUAAGUGAUGCAUGUCCUUCAUUCCUGUCAUUCCUUCGUUCCUGUCAUUUCUUCAUGUCCUGUAGUCAGAAGUCAAUGUGAGCCAAAUCCGUGCAGAAAUGGAGGUACUUGUUAUGACGUAGGACAAGGCUACGAAUGCACAUGCUCAAAGGGCUACCGAGGACAAAACUGUGAAGGUAUUACUUAUUCAUAAGUCUUUGUGACAAUGAUUAUUAUAAAACCAAACGCGCGGAUAAAAAGAAGGAGUUGGAAGAAAAUGUAUGGAUGAAAUUAUAGGGUGAUCUAUAUUUUGGUCAGAGUACUCGUCUACCGUUAUCAUGCCCUGGUAGGUGGCGUUAAUGUGGGUUUGAGUUCGUUUUUGUCUCUCUCACUUGAUUUUUUCUCCAGUUUAUUUUCUCGAUUUUCUUUCUGCUCAGAGACAAACUUCUCUCAAUUCCAGUUCUAUUGUUGAUAUGGCAGACUUACAAUCGCUAACUGGACGUGUUAUCUCUAGAUCAUUGAAUUUGUAUUUAUUUGUCUUAAUAGAACAGAACAAGUGUCAUCCCAAUCCAUGCAGAAAUGGAGGUACAUGUACUGGCAUCAACGAAGGAGAAGGCUUUGAGUGCACGUGUAGAGAAGGGUUCAAAGGAAAGAACUGCGAAGGUGAAGACCAAAAACAACAACAACAAUUAUAACAACACACGACUGUUUGCGAUAGAAGUUGAGUACUACCGUAAGAUAUAACAAAGGAGGUCAGCACUGCUCAAUCAUCGAACUAUGGGGCCUUUAAUUCUUGGACUGUAAAUCUAAAAGAAAGAAUAUUAGCCCUUAAUAUUCAUGACAGAAACAUUUAAGAUAUUUUUAUGCCUUGCAGUGUAGAUAUGAAGUCCUUUGAUCACGUAGGGAUGUAGUACUCAAUUAAAAACUACAGUUCAAAUUGUUCUUUGAGUGAGCGCCUUAAUAUAACUCUUUACCCUCACAUAGAAAUCAACCUCUGUCUUCCUAACCCUUGCAAAAAUGGUGCAACGUGUACAGAAAGAGUUGGAGGAAGAUACGAGUGCACAUGUCCCAUCGGCUACAAGGGGAUCACUUGUGAAGGUAUGGCGUACUCUUGACACUGUGUAAUUAAUGCUCCUCAAAAGAAACUGGUAUGACGACAGCAUUAUGAAUAGGGUUAUGUGUCAAGGCAUUAAUUUUUAAUACAAGUCUCCAGGGCUCAGGUGGCAGGAAGCCGGCGUACUUCGUUACCAAACAAUCAAAAUCUUGGGCGUUGCAGUUAAGGUCAAUCUUAAUCAUACUUAUCUAUGAGCUCACCAUAACACCGUGCAUAAUCACUAAUGGCUUUCACUGAAAUUUCGUCGAGUCAGUCCUUUAUUUCGUUCCACCUCAGCAAACGAGAUAAACGUUCUGGUAAUGAAGACACUUCACUGAUCAGUCUUUGUCCGAGGUGAAACUAGACACGUUGGAAUGUGUUAUCCAUUACAACAAUGAAGUGUUUCAUUGCAUUGGCAAGUUCUAAAUUGUAAUCUAUAUUCGCCUUUUUUUUUAGAACGAAGCAUUUGUUAUUCAAAUCCCUGUAUGAACGGAGGUACCUGUCUAGAUGAGACUUACGGUUACAGAUGUAGUUGCCGAAUGGGUUAUAGCGGCAUGAACUGCCAAAGUGAGUAAAAUGGAACUUCUUGUAACUGCUAACCCAUGUCGCCCAUCGAGGUAAAGACGUUUUGAACUCUGAUCCAACCCACGAAGGCCAAAAUUGAUACCCUUGAAGAUUACAGCUUUAAAAUGUCCUGACCAAUGGCAAAUUCCGUAUUUUUUUUUUCAAAAUUUAACCGCCAACCUUUUGAUAGGACAUUCUUUGCAUUCGAAAUUUUGUUAUCACGGGACCCUUGCGAUGGUUUAAGCUUUUAUAAGUGUUCAGUUGAAGGGAUUUCAACAUUCCUCCUGUUAAUAUUUCUGGCCUAUUUUGUGUCCCCAUCGCGGUAUCUACCUGACGUGAUGAAAAUAUUUACGGUGGCCAUAUAGACUCAUAAUCGUAUUUAAUGUCACAUGUCUGGAUAAGAUCUCUUCUAAGAUACCAUUAACCCUCUCGAGUUCCUUAGACGUACAGGAGAGAAAAAUGCUCUCUGAUCCCAAGAUAUUUAUAGAGUUGUCAUAUAUCCUCAUUGUCCUUUGUUGAAGUGAUAUCCUGACCUUUUUGGAUUCAAAGACUAUACAUUCGACAAAGACUUCUUAUGUUAAUGCAAUUUUCAAACUUGUGUGUUGUAUUUUUUAGAUCACGUGUGCAGACCAAAUCCUUGUCACAACGGCGGCUCAUGUCUCGAGGAGGGCUCCUCUUACAGAUGCGUCUGUCACGUUGGUAACCAUGGAGACCGAUGUGAAUGUAAGCAUAAGUAUAUUGGUGUCUGGGAGUGCUGUUUAAGUGAACAUAAUUCAGUGCAGAUUAUUGACGUUGGGUUUCGGAAAUCUUUUUACUCCCACAAAGGAUUGAAUUCGUUAUCAAACAGUUUUAUUCCCAGAAGAAUGCUUAUUUGCAAAAAUUGACAUCCUGAGCGUGCCUAAGAGGACUAUUGUUCCUCCGUUUUCUGUUUACCGGCAUGGUGACUUUGCAGUAGUUAUUUUACCUCUCCUUUUUAAAAUGUCCCCGAUAGUGUGAUUUUCAUUAGUUUCUACGAAACACACAACAACCAGCAGGUCCUUGAGAUAAUUUGCUGAGACAUUGUAGCUUUUUUAUUUUUAAAUAUCUCCUCUUUCAAUUCUAGAAUUUAGGGUUGUUUAUGAAACUGGCUGGAAAUCUAACAGUCGUCAAGGAAUUCAAGACAUUGUUUUUAACAUGCAUUUGCUAUUUUCUUUUAGUACUCAGUUCCUGUUUAUCACACCCUUGUCUACACGGAGGAACAUGCAUUGACACCUACUUUCUACACAAUGAUAUGAACGCAGUGGACUUAUAUUCCAGUCCUUCCUUUGUUGAUUCUCAGCAGAAUGCAAUGGCGUAUAUUUGCAAAUGUAUCGCGCCCUUUGCAGGCCGCAACUGUGAAGGUAACGUAUUGUUUUCACGAAAGAUGAGAGACCAUCUACUAGGUGUAAAAUCAAACCUGUUUUGUCUUAAAUUUAGUGAACAUCUUUGGUCUUUUACCCUGGAAAAAACUGAAUGGGAAAAGGUUAUUUUGUAUCCUCAACCAACGUUUCAUUUACUUAAAAGAAAGUAAGACACUCAGUACGGUCUGGUCAGUACCUUACGCAUGCACACAAACAUGGACAACUGAUUGUCCCUCACUCGGGCUCAUCAUCUUUAAAGGAAGAUUAUUAUCUGUUAUUAUCACUGAUUGCUCUCCACCGGUAGCAUUAAUUAAAUAUAAUAAAUAAAUAAAUACAGACAGUGAUAUAAAUUUCCAAGCUUUGCGCUAAUUUCAUCCUCGGUAUUUCAUUUGUAGAUGACAGCUGUCGAUAUUGCAGUCCAAAUGCCGAAUGCAUUUUAGGGCACUGCGUGUGCAAAGAAAGUUAUCAUGGAGACGGAAAAACAUGCAAAAGUAAGUAUGUCUAGUUGUUUUGGCGUCAGCUCACCUCAGGUUUAGAGACGGUCUCCUUGGGUGAAAAAUAUGUGUUGUCUAGUUAUUGUGCUCUCUUGACAAUGUGAUCUUGACUUUUGUAAAAAAUAUAAAAUAAAUAAAUAAUGAUCAAAAUCAUUUUCUCUUAUAGCGUCCUGGAGGCUAUAUCGUUUAUUCCAAAUUCUUGUUAUUUGCUUCGUUUGCCAGGAAAUGUGUGCCACCCAAAUCCUUGUAAAAACAGUGGUACUUGUGUACCAACGGAUUCUUCUUAUGACUGCGAGUGUAUGCUGGGAUGGACUGGACCUCAUUGUGAAAGUGGGUAGUAUCGAAGUCGCCUUCCACGCGGACGUUCUUAUGGAUUCGCCACGCGUCGUGGAGCAGAAAGGCGUGACGAACCCCUAAGAACAUCUGCAUGCAUAGGCUAGUAUAAAAGAGGAUUGUAACACGAUUUUAAGGAGGUUACUAGCUGGAAUUGUUUUUUAUAGACCCAAGUUUAGCUCCUCAAUGAUGUUUGUGAAUUAUAGCUCCGGCCAGAUGGGAUUCUUUUGAUAGUGUUGAAUAACAAAUUUUGUUUCCUUUAUUGUCUUCUAGCUCGACAGUACUGCAUUCCCAAUCCUUGUAAGAAUGGAGGAACUUGUAUCCCAGAAGAGAGCGGAUAUAGAUGCACCUGCCUUCAUAAUUAUGAGGGUAACGACUGCGAACGUAAGUAAAUUGUUCAACAGUGAUUUUUAACUUAUAUUUGGAAUGGAAUAAUAAUGUGAGAGAUCGGGAUCUAUGCAUAUAACUGGAAAUGCACUGCAGGAUCUCAAAAACCCCGCUUCCCUAAAGAAUAUGAACGAUAAGAACGAGAGGGAAACGAUAUUCGUCUUACAGAUGUAUCGAUAACUUAGUUUGGGCCGGAUUGUUCAAAGCUGGGUUAAGAUAACCCAGUGUUCAGAUUUAAAUGCUUAAAAACUAAAUUCAGUUCUUUCUGUCAGCGAGUUGAUGAUUGGAUGCUGUUAGAAUUACCGGAGAAAAUUAUCCUAAAAAAUGCUUUUGAACAAAAGAAAAGAAACCCAGGUUUGAUUUAACCCUGGUUUAAGCGCUAAUCGGCCUUCGAACAACUGGGCCCAGAAGUAUAUACCGCUGCAGGGAAGAUGUGAAAUGCGUCUCCAAGAGAAAUGGCAUUGAGACAAAUAUCCCCGAUCGAAGAAAACAUUCUUUUUUUUGUAAAAGAUUGCUGUGAUAUAUUAUAGGACACUUCCUUUAUAGAUGUUUGUUGUACAUAUUCUUGUGCCUUUUUUUUCCACAGUGGCAAAUCCAUGUUCCCCUAACCCAUGUAAGAAUUCGGGCACGUGCAAGGAAAUGAACGGCGUAGCUACCUGUGAGUGCCCUGCACAAUUCGAGGGAAACUUCUGCGAUGGUUCGUAUUUUAAGUAGCCAUUUUAGUAUAACCUUUCUUCAAAGUUGCUUAACAAAAUGGCCAAGAAUGAUAUAUUCCUUUCGACCUCAUGCAUGAUCGUCCGAUAUAUCCCCUCGUUCUUAUGGCAAAAUAUUAUCGUUAGACAUUUUUCCCAAAGGACCAUACAUCGAUUAACUGCCGCUAGUUCGUAUAGUGUCUAGGGAUUUUUUUUUCAAAUAUAGGUGACCUGGAAAGGCAACUUUACCGGCGCAGUUGCCAACCGCCGUUGCCAUAAACAGCUUUUGAUGAAGUAAUGCAAUUAUAUUUUCAGCGGCUUUCCCAAUAAACUUGAGCUGAUCGGCCAUUCCUGAAAUGAUUUGGUAACAGUAGAUAAUAGUGAACUUACGCAAAGGGACGGCAGCGGGAAGUAGACGGCAAACCUUAUGUGACAAGCGUGACAAUAAUUCUGUUUGAAAACAAUUUCCGACAAACUUCACCUUCCUUUAAAAAGAUCUUUUUGUAAAAGAUCAAAACACAGUUACAUUAAUUGAAUAUCACAACAAACACGCAGGUAAUAGGCCUGUCACGUUUGUCACACAAAAAGGUUUUGCGGUCCUCUUCUUUUUAGUAGUAUAGGUAACACCGGAUUGUCCUCUUUUCUUAAAGUCUCAUGAGGAUCUUAUUAUCAGUAUGAUCUGGUGUCACCCAUACGAUCGGAGAUUCCCCAGCCUACUGCCCUAUUCUCCUUAGUAGUACGUACCAAGUUUUUUUACUCACCAAAGUCUGCCUUAUUUUAACGUCACAUUUCUAACUCAUGGAAUGGGUUAUAUUUAUAGUGGAUAAAUGUGCCAAAUGCGAUUCUCACGCCCGCUGCGACAACGGGAACUGCAUCUGCAUGGAGGGCUGGGUGGGUGAUGGUCAGACGUGUUCACCUCAAACUGAAAGUAAGUAUUAUUCAUACAAACUCUCUUAGAAUUGCAUGUUCUUUAGGAAAAGCAAGAAAAAUGGCUGCUUACAAGGAUAGCACAACGGAAGAUGUUGUACUGAGCAUGACCGGGCAUCUUUGCCUAGGAAAAGUUCUGUAACUUGCAAUGAAGACGAUCAGACCAGGUGUAUUACGGUAAAGUCGAAGGAUUUAUUGACAGAACAAGUCACUACCUCUUCGUUCAGUGAAAACAAGGUCCAGAUAGGAUGCUGAGAGAGAAACACACCAACAGUUAAUCUUUACCGCAAAUUGCUCAUUAUCGUUUUCAUGAUGUGCUUAUUUAUGACCUUGACGCUCAAUAAGAUAAAAAACCAAGCAGGGUUCAACAUGAAAUGAUGCGUAGUGCAUGUGGAUGGUUAACGAUAGCCUCACUAAAAUUAUGAAUCGAUUAGCCAUCAAAUUGGCAUCCUCAUCUCCCAAAGGCGGCAACACUGCUUUGGUUUACUGAUGGUAGACUGAAAAUUCCAUGAAGGACUUAGAGAGGCAUAUUGAAUCCUGGAGUGAUAUGUAGUGCAUGUGCAGCCUCCAAAGCGGCUUGUUCCUGAAGAGCCAGUUAUCCACAAAUUUGGUUCAAAGAUGGUGCCAAUGCGGUGUUAUGUGCAUGGUUUGUUAAUAACAAAAUCAGUUCAAGUAUUGUUUGCAAGCAUGGAUUAAUUCAGAGUGCAUGUUCAGUCCUGGGAGUUUUCCUACCAGCAAACAUGGAUUAUCAACAAAAUUGGUAGAAAGAUCUCGCUAACUGUUUACCUUGCAUGGUUUUUUGACGGUGGAAAGGUCCAGUCCUAUAAUUGAGGCAUGAAGUGAUGAGAUCCAUGGUCUUUCAAAUUACGUGUUCAUUGUUAAUAAAAAGUUUACUAUUUAUCAUUUCAAUCACAGCACCUUCUGCGCCUGCAUCACUUCCAUCACCUCCUUCUCCGCCACCUCCUUCAUUACCUGCCAUAGUAGGUGCACCCGGAAGCCCUGGGAAUUCGUAUGGCUCUCCAAGUUCCUACGGACCUCCUAGCGAUAUGCCAACUGGUACUGUUGGGUGAAAAUGUCAAACAGAUAACCCCAAAAAAUACCAAACCUGAGCAGAACCGUUCAGACAACACUAACUGACGAGAAAAAUUUUCUUAAAACUGAUGACGUAUUGGAUUUUCUUAAGACAUGACAUUCUUCUCAGUUUGGAUUACUGGACUACCAGACUUUAAUCCUAAUAUCUGCGCACCUUGGGACUGUAAACUAAAGCCAAACCAUUUCGGUAUGGCAAACGGACGAUAUGGACUUAGACGUUUAGCAUAACGAUAACACUCUGUAAUAAUUACUUAUUACAGGAAAAAAAAGACUUCUCCAACCCAGUUAAUAUUAACGCUCUUUACUUACAAGGGACAAAAUAAUCGAUAAUAUGGAUGCAGAAAGCAAAGCUUUAAUAAAUAAUACUGCUCUCGCACCUUCACAUAAUUGAAUGCCCUAUGAGUUUAGAAAUUGGAGUAUUGAUUUCUGGACAAUGAUCAUGUUGAUUUUAAGCAGCCAGGACAACGAAGCCAAGCAAAGCGUCACUCAAGAUAGACCUAUCGCGCUCUAAAAUCAAUGCCAUUUUUCAAAAAGAGUCUUAAUUUUGUCCUAGGCGUCCAGAUCGUGGUAAUGACUUUGAAGUUCUUAUCAGUAACCGAUAGCGGUUUACUUUCACACCUUGACCCUGUGAUGCUGCUUCGUUGUUUUCCAAACGAGACGUCUACCAAGAUGUUAAGGGAACCCACAGAAUGAUUUUGCCCAUUAUGUUUUUUCUUUUUUCACAUUCUCGCUACUUUCUUGGUCGUGGUUGCUUAAAUUCUCUCAAGGGCAAGCGCACUUAAGAUGGCAAAGCUUUAAAACAACAGCAUUAACAAUAAUUAGGUUUUUCUUAUUUCAUUUGCCAUUUACAAACCUAAUUAGUUUACGUUAAGCAGCAGUGUCUCAGAGCUUACCAAGUUAUAGGAAAGUAAUGCAAAAAGCAGUAACUUCAAUUAACAAGAACGUUUUUGACACGAAUUUACUGUAGCCCUCACGCAAACUUUGACUACUAUAUAUUCAAAACUAGUGCAUCCAAUGACCCAGCAAUAUUGAAAAGAAUUGUCGGUCUCCACGUCAGAUGUGAACAAUAACGUUUUUAAAAAAUAUACAAUGGAUUUCAGUAAGUGAGUAAUUAAAUAACCAAGUAAGUAACUAAGCAAUGUAAGAAACUUUGUUUUAAGAACUUCAUUUUUGUUUAACUUAGAGAAACAAAAGUUAAAAGUAAAAUUUUAAAUUAAUUCUUAAAAGAAGAAGCUGCGUAAAACAACAAACUGUAGCAAAGAGGUAAAAUAAUUAAAUAUUAAAGAUAAAUCUUUCUCAUCCGUUCAAAAUUGGUAAGAGAAUGAUUGUUUGCAAAAGGAUUAAACUAAAUAACACCAUUCACCUAAACGUUUAUCAGUGAAAGGAGGACAACUGCUACUAACAAUUACUUUGUUUAAAAAUGUAAUUACAUUGUCCAGCCCUCCGUUUAUUGUUUCACGAAACCAAUAUCAGACCUUGUUGCAACCGGAGCGGAAAACUCACAAAGCUAAAGUCCGGGUUGGAUACCUCAGAGGGUACUUUCCACAUGAACUACAGCUGGGGUAUCAGUUUCAGUCUCAAUCAAAUUUGGGGAUUUAGUUAACAGAUUUUGGAUGCUUACCCCGUUGCAAGGUUUUAUUGGACCGUUCGAUUUCCCCAAUAACUGCUGGUAAAUCUAGACCUUUAUCCCGAGGGACCGUUACACGCCCCUCCUCCUUUACUCUUCGGCUGUCACUUGCACGGUUUAAGUGCCACAUUUAAUGACAAGAAGUGGGAUGUGGUGGGAAUGCUUUUUUUGCAAAGUUGCAAUUAAGCCAAGGUUGACAAACACUUGAUGGGCCCCAUAAAAACACCUUCCUGCUAACUGACCGUCUUAUUCACGGUGCUAAUAUGGUCACCAAAACAAAACUCAUUGUAUUUCGUUUCGUCUAUGAGGAAAAGGUCUAAAGAGCUUUUUAUAGGGUACGUGAGUUAUCAGAUGAAGGAGAAUUUAAGAAUAUCAAAUUUCAUGAUUCCGGUUGUUAGGAAGCUGAUUAUUUCGGAAUUACGUUGUCGUCAUCGAAGGGAAACUGUUCAAAUUUAUGUAAUGUCGGGGAUGGGAAUAACAAGUCUAAUGAACACCCUACAGCGCUCUUUGAGGAAUAUUGUGUCUUUUCCUCAGAGUUUUGAUCCUUUGGAAGAGGAAUGUAGCAGAUAAGGGAUGGCAAGGUUGUGACAUGUAUCUGCUGUGGUAGCUGAUAUCUUCAUGAUGUAUCUGCUAUGGAAGCAGAUAAUGUAUCUACUACCGUAACACGUUCUUUUACUAACUGUUAUUUUCGCUUGCGUUGUUUGGUUUUUCAGCUCCUACGUCACGUGCCAGUCCAUGUGACUCAAACCCUUGCCAAAACGGAGGCCAAUGCUUAGACGAAGGCAAUGCAUACCAGUGUCUCUGCAAAGAAGGCUUUUCGGGGAACAACUGUGAAUUAGGAAUAGGUGUGGAAAUGAGCAAUUUUUUUGCAAUAAACAGUUUAGACUUGACCGAUUUUCUGCCUCGGUGCCUCGGUACAACCAACAAAUCGUUAAGUUUCAUUGGUAACAUGAUCUUUAAGGUUUGUGCAGAAUUGCUUCGAGAAAAGAGCAAGUCGGUUUGCAUUUAGUCUAAAUUAUUAGAGGAUGAAGCUUAGUCAAAACUCGAUCAACAAAGGGAAUUGAACAAACCGGAGAAAAGACUGCAAAGUAAUUUAAAAGUUGAUUAAAAAAUAAUAUUACUUUAAUAUCAAACUUAAUUUCAAUGACCUUUUGUUUUCGUCGAUACUGUCACUCUUAACACUGAUUUUGUCACUAUGUAGGUAAGGCCAAUCCAUGUGACCCCAACCCGUGUCAGAAUGGUGGUCAAUGUACAGCAGUAGAUUCAAAACCUGUAUGUGCUUGUCCUGAAGAAUUCGAAGGAAAUUUCUGUGAAAUGCCCAAAGGUAAACUAUAGCUACGUAAUUGUGAUCUGAUAGGAAUGAGUGGAAAUGGCGACUGGACCCCGGAGAGAGCAUGUUGUGACGUGGUAUAAUGGUUUCUAGAGCUGCUCCUUCGACAUCAUCUUUCGUUGUCAAAAGAGUUCUUUUUUUCCUUAACUACUGAUUCAAUUAAAGCUUCUCUAGCAUGACCAUGGUCUGUCUUGAGUUACGCCCGGCAGCUACUCACUUAGGCCGCUGGUCCCAGAUGGGACUAACCCGUCUGCAUAAACAAAGUAAGGUACUCAACCAGUUAUUUUGAAAGAGGAAUUUAGACCUCAGUUGAUUAUAGUUGGAAAUGAACUUUCCCUACACCAUCUUCCUUCCAUUAGGUGGAGGUGUUGGUGGUAUUCCUGGAACUGGUGGAGGGGUAUCUCUUAACUCAGCUUGCCACCCUAACCCGUGCAUGAAUGGGGGUUCCUGCACCGAAAACGGAGGAGGAUACGACUGCGCAUGCGUUGUUCAGUACAGUGGCCCUAACUGUGAAAGUAAGUGUCCGGUUGCAUUUGGCUGCAACAAAUCUUAGGUUUGUUUCAAUUGUAGUCACUCUAUGCCACUUACACAGGUCAUGCACUGAAGCUCUCGAUCGCCAUUCACUAUUAAACUUAAUUUUGUGUGUUAUUGGUGAAGGUAGAACCUCCCUAUGUACAGCUGGGCUUUCUGAUAAACCACUUUCUCAUGUUUUCUACAGUCGAUGAAUGUGAAAAGUGUGACAUACACGCCUUGUGUGCCAAUGGACACUGCAGAUGUAAAUCUGGAUACUAUGGAAAUGGGUUUCAGUGCGAGAAAGGCAAGUAAAUUCUGUCAACGAAGGGAAACGAUAGUGUCACAUGUAAAUUAAAUGAUUAUCUAAUAGGUGAAGUUGGCGUAUAAUGUUUCAGGAAUCCAACAGUUAAUGGUCCCUACAUGUUAUACGCCUUGUUGGUCAUCUCAGACCGACUUGGCACAAGCCCUAAUGCCCAGAUCUCCUUUUUGUUAAGUUUUUUGCUUUUUCCAGAAUAAAACCAUUUGGUUUCGUAGAAGCAAUUAAUGCCUCAUCAUAUGAAAAGUGACGAAAACCGCUUGAUCAGAGAGAGUGACAUAGCAAGAGUGAUAGAAGCAAUGAAUAUUUUUCUCUUUUUUCUUUUUUGUAGAGGAAUCGGAAUGUGAAGGUUGUAGUCCCUUCGCUAGUUGCCAGAAUGGAAUUUGCGUCUGUUUGGAACAGUACACUGGAAAUGGAUACGACUGUGCGCGUAAGUGACUCUGUUCAUGCAUGGAUGUGGGUCGAUAAGACGCCCUAGAGGGUAUCCUGGGACAAGAUAUAUAACAAGCUAGAUGUCUGGAUGUCUGGAAAGCAAAAUCACAGUCGAAAAGGAUGAUGUUUAAAACUUCUUCCAUGAGGAAUCGAAAGAUACAGUUCUAGACAAAAGCAGGUCGGAAGGUCCUCCAACUUAAUAGUUUUGGCUUUUGAGUUCCCUUUUGUCAAAUACCCCCGUUCCCCCUCGUCAAUGUUGGGUAUACAUAACAGAACACACAAACACUUUAGUUUUGGACAACAUUGUGCCAGGGAGCGGAAGAAGAGACAAGAGGUGAAAAGUUGUGGCCCAGCACUUUUGACUAUAAUUGUAGACAUAAAUUCAUCGAUGAAGGUCUCAAAUUUUAAACAAAGAUUAAUCCAUCCGCAAAUGGACUGUAGAGGUGUAAUAUCCAUGCGAGAUCAUAGCAACUACAACGACACUAGAAACUGAUUCAUAAAUUUUGAAAUAAUAAAAAAGUAUGAAAGUUUAAGUGAAACUUAGGGCAAAAUUGUGACUUAGGGGAGGGGUAGGUGGUCAGUAACCCAGAAAAUUCAAUUGAUCAUCCCGAGUUUCUUUUUCAGCUGUAAAUCCUUGUACUAGCUACCAAGCGUUCAGGGCCGUGUCCAGGAAUGACCAAACAGUUCUUUUUCUGCGUUCUGUUGGGCUUUAAGUGUCUUAAUAUUCUAUUAAAAGGAAUGAUCCUAAAAUGGUUCUGCUUUUCAUUUUGCGUAACUGUUAGUGAUGGCUGUUGACCAUCUUGGAUUGUUUCAAAACCUUUUAAGUUUAGUCUCGGGAAAUGAUACCAAUGGAGACCAGUCUGGAGAAUUUGCCCUCUGGAUAUUGGGACUUAAAGGGUUAAUCAUAACUAAAAAAAAAUUCCCAAAUUUGAUUGGCUAUCAACUGCCCUGAUUUCAGCACUAAUAGGACAGUGCCAUUACGCGUCAGGCCUAAGUAAUAAAUUGGAAAGUACACGCCAUCCCACGCGCGCACAUAAAUGGCUUUUUUUUCACUGCUAACAAAAAAACUCUUGAAAUUUCUGGAGUUUUUAUUUUAAAAAAGCCUAAAAUAUAAUAUUAGCCCCUUGUUACAACUGGUUGAUGAAAAAUCUUGCAGAAAACGUUUCCUACUCGUAAGAAGAGCAGUUAUGCUUUUUCAGAGACAGGUACUUUCAGCAAGUCCUGGCCAAUUUAGAGGACUGCGUCAUUCCUUUAAGGUAAUGUUACACGUGACGAUUUGUAGCGAAGAUUUUAGUGCAAUACAGCGUGGCAACAUUGUUGCGACAUUGUUUCGAAUAGUUGCAACAUUGUUCCAACAUUGUAACGCUGUGUUGCGCUAAAAAUCGUCGUUGCUAAUCGUCUUCUGUAACAUCACCUUAAGCUUUAGUUCCACCACCCUCUAGUGAAGGUUAACGCGAUUAACAUAUUUUUCCGCUCGUAAAAGCUUUAGGACGCGUUGAUGUAAACUUGCUUCAUAACGAUAGUAGCACCCUUGAGGCUUCUGUUCACUUUAGUCUUAAUAUUUGAACUGUAUGUUUUUCUUUUUCGUUUACACAGAUCACGUGUGAAGAACCUUAAGAAGAAACGUUUCGUUCCUAAGGGAAAAAUUGUGUAAACUUAUCAAAAUUUCUCGUGGAUGCUUUGCAAUUAGAAGUUAAAUAUGACUUGCAAAAACCAAGUACUAAAGAGAACUUCUCCUUAAUGUACAUCUAAGUGAAUGUUUCACGUCUUAUACAGUUCUAAAACUCCACAGUACAGAUCUUAAACAGCUCUUAAAUCUAUAAGGAGUUUUGAACAUCUAAACGUCCGCGAUUCUCUUUAUAUUGCAAGUGUAUUAUAAGCCUUUUACAGCUUAACAGUCACGUGGGACAAAAACACCUUGCUGGAGACGCAGUGGUACAAGAUGUGCAAAGGCAUUAAAUAAGCUAAAAAAUAAUGUUCCGUUCUUUCAAAAUCCUCAAUCUAUCGUUUCCAUGGAGGUACUUUUGAACCACGUGACUGUUAAGCUAAUAGGUGCCCUUUCAAUUCAAGUCAAACAACCAACGGUUUCUAAGUUUCUAAAUCAUAAAAUAUCUGGUGGCUAAGAAAAAGAAGAAUGAAUAAAAUACUUCUACUGUCAAAGCCAGUGUAUAAUUUACGUAUAGCAGAGGCGACUUUAAAAAAUAAAAUUUGCAAGUUAUCUUGUUCGUAGUCAAUUUAAAAAUGGAUUAAUUUAAGUUAUUUGCGCUGUUAUCUGUGGGAAAUUUUUAUCAGUCUAUUUAUAUUUCCUGCAACUAAGCCGGUUUAUUUUGUUUAUGUUGCUUGUUAGUUUGUUUGUUUUAUAUAUAAAGACAUCCAUACAUUUUGAGUGUUUCUAAAACGAAAAGGACAGAGUAGAAGGUAAUUUUCUCAGUGAUAAAAAUCAGCUUUUGGUAGUAGGUGGGUUUAUCUUGACGCUUUCACUCCAGGGAAAAAAUGAAAGCCAUCACAGUAGUACAGGUUGCGUACAGUUUUUCAAUAAGAUCACCUGUGAUGUGUGCGGGUAUUUUUAGACGACCUUGGGAACCAUUAUUCUCUCUUUAAAGAGUAAACUAAAAAAGUUACAAUCUAAUGCAUUUAAUCAAGGAAAAUCGCAAAUCGCUGAUCGUAAACUCCUUCAAAGUAUCAAGCAGACGUUCUGGUAAAAAUGAAUGAUAUCACGAAGGUUCUUAGAGGCUUUGGAACUCCAUUACAUGACUUUCACUUUCCAGUUACCAACAUAACCAAGACAAAACAAACGAACUGACCCUGUCACUGAUGUUACUAAUUAAUAAAACAGUUCACUGCAUGGGCUUCAAACAACCUCAGCAAGACCAAAAUGUCGGUAAUCAGUCAAUUAUCGUUACAGGUAACAUUUUAGUGAAUUCAUUUCCUAAAAAUCCUUAUUAUGAACCAAUGAUCAUAGAUUGACGUUCAUGAAAACUGUUUUUAUAAAAAUAUUAAUUUCAGAUUCUUUUUUUGUUGUUGUUGUUUUUCGUUUUUCUGCUCAAGUCCAGGAGGCUUUUAAGGAAAAAUUAUGAAUUAGACAAUUAUCAUGACUGGUGUUCAGAAUAGUCUGAAUUAUGCGACAAUGACAAAUUUACGUGAAAAUUUAACUCGGUUCUAUUGUUUGUUUGUUAGAGGACCCACCUGAUCUCGAUCUUCUCACGAAAACUUCGGCAGGUACGAAACACUUGUCCGUGAAAGACAGCCUGUUAAUUUUGAGAGCAUCGAGCUCACCUAAAUUUUUGGAUAAUCACAGGAAACUCCACUUAAUGACCAGGAGUAUCUGCUACUUUGCAGUUAAAAAGAAUUUUUAGAACUUUCAGUUUUAGAAUAUUUGAAUAUUUUGGUGAUAUAAUACAAGCCCAAUGAGGGAAUAAUGGACUCUGAUAUAACUGUUAAUCAUUCAGUAUACAAGAAUGCUGGGAAGUUAUUACUUGCUUGUUCUUUUUUCUCUUCUUCUUCUUCUUCUAACUUUCUUCCAGAGUAUUCUUCAAAAUAUUUUUCAUGGUUUAGAUUUAGGAAGCGUACAGAUUUUGGUUUGUGUAACGACAAAACUUACAGUUGACAGGCUUUUGAAAUAAGAUACAGACGUCAAGAGAUGCAAUAAUGUGAUACAAGAAAAUGAGAUCAACAGCUUUAAUGAAUAGAAUUGGCUGUUAGGGUAUUAUCGGAUUAAGGAUUGGUAUCAUAUGGGGACAUGAUUAUAGCAAUUACCUUGAUUAGAAAAAAAAAAUAAACAUUUUACUAGAAUGUAUUUACUUUCAACGACCAUAUAUUCUGGAAUAUGACUGUGAUAGGUUUGGGGACUUCUUUGAUUAAAACAGAUAGUUACCAACCAUAUGAUUAGCGAUUGGAAGACGCCUAGAACAAUUUGAGCCCUUGCUUUGGUUAUUUUAUGACUCAAAAUAUGUCAAGUAUUCGCUUAUGUGUCAGUUGAGCAAUGAAAUGUAGGAUUUUUAUAAAAUGUUUGCCGUUUACUCUUUUUAGCAAACCUUUACACUUUGUCGACCACCCGGCUUGUUGAGCAGCUCUUUUAUUUCAACCUGGCACUCAAAUCCCUCGCGUUAAAGAGUUGAUCGAGACAUAUACCCGGAAAUGCUCUUGAUUUCUGGUACGCAUCAGGUACUGCGUUGAUGGUAGCUAAGCUAUUCAAGUCACUCUUGAUAUUAUGACCUUCAUUGUUUUAUCGGCUUUCCUCAUGAGAUGUUGUAUAUUUAAAUACAUCUUUACACGUUUUCAAAUUUUCAAAGGGCAGAUUUAAAGGCGUUUGUGGAUGCCAAAAAAUAUUGACUUUUAAACUUAUUUUUCACUCAAAACACGAUAAGAUUUACACCUAGCCCACCAGCUAUCACAUCAAUAUUUCAAAAGUUUAGAGGAAGAGCAUUGUCGUGCUAACAAUGGAGUAAAUUCAGCAACGAGAGGCUUUUUGAAAGCUUAGAAGAUGUUUUUACCAAAGCUAAUAGCCGUUUACGAGUUAAUUAGCAUUUUUACCCAUUCACUCAAACUUGCUGAAGGAACGCGGCAAAGGUUGAACCCACAAAAGCCAGCGUCACACCAAAGAAGAGGAAGAAUCCAUACCAGAGAAGUAGGUUUAACUCAGUCGACAAAUAACUCCUCUAUUGGCAAGGGACAAAGUCAAGUCAAAGAUAUAAGUGGAGCAAGGAGACAAUUUCAGCUACUUCCACCGCAUAUUGGCGCAUAUCCUCAGCAACCACUUCCUUUCCACGGACCGAUACAUCACGUUCAUAUCCAGCCACGGCCCUUCCCAGUGGUCUCCGUACGCUAUGUGCCCAAACCGCUUCCUAUACCAUAUCCCGUACCAUCGCAGGUUCACGUUUCACACCUUCAUUUGCGCCCAAAAUGUAAGUUUGAGUUGCGACAUGCUAGCUACGUGAUGCAAAGCAUUACGGUGGUGGGUAGCCCAUGCAGGUGAUAGGGAAAUCGUUCAUUUGAAAAUAGUGCGAAAAUCACCAUGCACUGAUUCACUACAAGACGCCUUGGGUCAGUUCAUCUACUAAGAACAUAAGGAGUGGGUUCAUGUAUUGUGUGCAAACAUAACUUUAUUAUAUUUAAAUGGUAAAGUGGAUAUGUAAAGGCAAAAUUUGAUUGCAAAUUUUAAGCUCGUUGGCUGAGACACGGACUGUUUUAGUGUUGAAAUGUAAUUCUACGGCACAGUCACGGCAAUGCUAAAUAUUGGUUGAAUUUUCAUACGAUUCAGUUUUCAGAUGACUAAUAUUUUAAAUUACAAAGAAAAUUGAGCCUUUCGAAAACUAAGAGGUUUCAAAAUUUACAAAUCCAAAGCAUUUUGGAGUUUUCAUACGAUUCAGUUUUCAGAUGACUAAUAUUUUAAAUUACAAAGAAAAUUGAGCCUUUCGAAAACUAAGAGGUUUCAAAAUUUACAAAUCCAAAGCAUUUUGGAGUUUUUAUAAUAGAUCAUUUUUAUAAUAAAUCAUUUUAACUGUUUGAGGCUUUUGAACAGUUAUUGAAAUAUUAGUCACAUUAAAUUCAACUACUUUGUCGUGCAUGUAAAUUGUGAUUAAAAGAUAUCCAUGUGCCCUUUCUAGUAGAAGGAAUAUUACUUGCUUUUUUGACCAUCUGUUUGAGACGAACUUUCAACGAUAUACCACUGGGUGGUAAAAUUUUAUUCGACUUGCGUCUUAAAUUUGUUGAAACUAAGAACUUGGGGGUGAAGGUGUUAUGAUGAGGAUGAUCGUGUUCAUGGAAAUUAUGGUCGCGUGCGUAAACAUAAUGAUGAUGAUGAUAAUGUUGAUGAUGAUGAUGAUGAUGAUGAUGACGAAGACGGCAAAAAUGAGGAUGAUAAUGAUGAUGAUAACAAUGAUUAUGUAUAUUUUGACAAUGAGGGGAAUGGUACCGAUGUUAUUCAUCACAGUGAACUUUCCAAAGAAAUGAAGAUAUCAACGCUAAUGCCAGUAAUGUUGUGCCGUGUUGAUACUGUAUAAUUUUAUAUUCCAUCGCAGAUCACUUAAAUCCUUGUCAGAAUGGAGGCAUUUUCGUACAGCUUCAACAUGAUUACUUCUGUAUUUGCCCAAAAGAUUUUCGAGGAAAGAAUUGUGAAGGUAAGAGCGUCUCGUAGCUUCAUCUUUGAUCCGUGUGAAAUGGAAAGAGGAGAGACAAAGAGAAUUUAUUUGUAACGUACGUUUUCUGGGUCAGUUGAGUAAUUGACAGCAUCGCCGUUAAAGAUUUUCGGUUCAGUCUUCAUCAUUGUCAUAACGGACGAAGAUGCAUCAAACCCUCACAUCAGCUGGUGAAGGGAGGGGUACCUAGCAACGUUUCCUACCGGAGGCUUGGCCCUGGGAUCUAACCCUUACCCUCUGUAUAUACCAUCAUUGACAGAAAAGGUAGCCUUUUGCAUACCCGUAACAGAAAGUCUUCAUCUCAUUGUAAGCAGUGUUUAAUAAAUUAAAUUUAUACAGCCACAAGGUGCCUAAAUUCAAAUUAUUUUAGUCAAAGGCCCUUUUUAACUUAUAUCAUGACAAAUUUGCCUACCCUUCCAUUAACUAAAAUACUACCGUUUUGUACACAUGAAGACUGAAAAAGGUACCUUUUUCUUACGGAGAGUCCCCCUUAAAGGCCGUCAUAGCGUAUGGAGUGUCCCCCUGGCUCAUAUCUAAGUUUUAAAUCUUAACAUUUCUAACUUCAUUCAGAUCGAAACUACUGCGCAUCGAAUCCUUGCAAGAACGGAGCAACUUGUACAGAGAUACCUGGCGCGUUUAGAUGCAUCUGCCCUCGCGGAUUUUUAGGAGCUGUCUGUGAAGGUAACCCGACUUUUUCCUCCUUUUCUUUAACCUCCGAAUAAGACGCUUGUGCUCCCAAUCCUUGUAAGAACGAAAGGGAAAUAUUAAUAGUAUUUCUUGAGAAGAGAGUGCGUUGCAGUUUUAGAAGUUGCAGUGCGAGACUCUGUGCCAACUAACAGGCGAUACAGAACAAAACUCUCUCAACAAAGUUCGACAGCUCUCUGCGAUUUGUGACGAAUUCUCUGUCAGGGAUUGUUUCUUCAUAAGUAAUGUUUUUUGCUUAAUUAUGAUAUCUUCCAGAGCCUAAUCCUUGUCACCCCAACCCAUGUAAGAAUGGAGGAAUGUGCACAAGGUCAGAUUCAGAGGAGAAGUUCUCCUGUAUCUGUGAAGAAGGCUUCAAAGGUCAACAGUGUGACUGUAAGUGCCAAACUGCAAAUGGUCACCAAACUGGGGUCUUUAAAUUUUGUGUGAUAAUAUUUUACUUCGUACCAAUCGAAUUCGAGGUCCCCUCGGAUUCAUGGGUCAUAAAUACUACUACUAGUAAUACUAGAUAGUCUCGCGUAUUUGUGAAAUAUUAACAAAAAACUAAUUAUAACUUAGUAUCAGACACAUAACUGGACGGGAAUAACAACAUUGAGUUGUAGUAUUAAACAAAUAUGACUACAUACAAUUCUAUUUGGCUUGAAAAUUUUCCCAAUAUAAUUAUGUCAUAUGACGUUUGCCAAAGAGUUUGUAAUAAUUGUUUUCAGGUCUAAGGCGUACUAUGUGUCUCAAGAAGAUGAAACAAAAACAACAUUAAUGAUAAUGAUAAUGAUAAUGAUAAUGAUAAUGAUAAUAAUAAAUUAAUCAAGUAGACCAAUUAAGAGACUAUUAAUACUGAAGUAAAUCUCAAUUUCUUCAUUUCCAGCCAUUAAUAAAUGUGAUCCAAACCCUUGCAAAAAUGGGGCAACCUGUCAGCAGUUAAGUGACGAACAGUAUGUUUGUAUCUGCCCACCUUCUUUCAAAGGAACGUUAUGCACAGGUGAGAUUAGGGAGCUAAAGCAACGACGACGGCAACGGGAGCGAAAACGACAUCCAAACAGUGAAUUCGCGUUGUUUCAAAUUUUAUCGCUCUUAUUUCAACACUUUUAACUUGUCAAAUGUUGACGAUUUUUCGGGAGUUGAAUUCUAAAGGAUUGUCCGUAAGUUCACAAAAAGAAAAAGAAAAUCGUUUUCUUGUGUUCACGUCCUCCAUAAAACGUGGAAUUAGGAACUUUUACGUUGCAGUCCAGCAGUGACAGCAUAGAAACAUUAAAUACAAAAAAGCGUUAAUUGCAGGUGCAAAGUUGUUGUUUUGCCAAUCUAAACCUAUAACUUUUUUGUCAACUACAUUCUUUCACUAAGUAAACCUAAAACAACUACCUAUGGUCUUAACUCCUUUUCUUACUUUUCAGCUAAGCAGUGGAAUGCACUGCCGGACUUUUUUCGUACCAGUCUUUUUGCAGACUUUAAGACUAAAAUACAGGAUGUUACCUUCAUGUAGAUUCUUUUUGCCUGACAUACUUAAACUUAAAAUUGUGAAUUGUAAAUAAUAUUUUCUUUCCUUGCAUUUAAUGUAUAUAUAUAUUUUCUAUAUAGUUUUUAUGUAGUGUCAGCUCGAAGAUAUUAGCUUGUUAGCUACUCUAAAAUUCGAGUAUAAAUAAAGUUUUAUUUUAUGUUAUGUUAUGUUGUCGUUCUCGUUGCCGUCGUUGUCGUCGUUGCCUAAGCUCCUUAGCAACGCGGGACUAUCAUGUUAAGUUAUAACUACUAACAGUAUAUUGACAAACGAGUAGAAUGAUAAUCCUCUAAGUAAUUAUAAUUCAUUUCAUGUUAUCAUUCCAAAUUCUCAUUCUUUUAAAACGGUAUAAACAUAUUGAAACUUCAACAACAAUGUAAAUUUAUAUCGUAUUAACUAGCUUUCUAAUUAUACGAAAAGGGCUGCCCAUAUACUAAAUUUUUUUUUGUGCAAUCCGGAAUCCUACUAAAGAUUGGAAUUCAGAAACCAAAUUCCAGUGAAAAAAACUGGAAUUCAAGGCGGGGAGUCCUUAUACCCUUGCAUGGGGUGAUUGAUAUCUCAUUGAAAGGGACUUUAAAGAAUUUUGUUAUACUGUAAUCUGUGCAAUUAUUGAACAUUUAUUUAUAUUUCUUUCUCAAUAGAAACCAAGCAGUGUUACGUUAAUCCUUGCCUUAACUCUGGAACUUGUCAUGAAGAUCAAUUUGGAUACAACUGUACCUGCAGGAUGGGAUACACGGGAAGCAACUGUGAAAGUAUGUAUCUCUUUAUGAAGAGAUCUCCCUUCGCUAACAGUGUCCUUCAACAUCGUGACUUCAGACCUCAGUAGCAAAAUAAUAUCAUUACGUCAAAGCUUUUGCUAUUCACACAAAGACGUUUAAAUAACAACUAUUUUUGACAAGCCUAUUAAUCCAACGUUUGACUCUGUGCUGAAAUCAAUCAUUGAUUUUGGUUCCAUUUGGCCGUUUUUAACAUGAUAAAAAUCUAAGAGGUAAAUUAAUAUGGCAAGCCCUGGCCAGCCUUUUGCCGUUUGAGACCUCGAAUACUGAUUUACAAGAAUACGUUUUGGGAUUAAGAUAUAUUCUAACAGCGCACAACAACAGCAACAACAAAAACAGUAAGAGAAACAGUUUUAAAACUACUAUGCUUUGUUAUUGUAAUAUGCCCAACACCUUGGUUUCUUUUCAGGUCACGUUUGUCACCCAAGCCCCUGCCUUCACGGUGGACACUGCCGAGUGUCCUAUGGUCACUACAAAUGUUACUGUCCUCCGCUCUAUAAAGGCAACAGAUGCGAAAGUAAGUUUCAUUGAAAACUUUUAUUGUUCUCGAUGCAUGAUGUGCAUUAUUGACGUCAUAAGUUUUCAAAUAUAAAGUUCUGUAAAUUGUUUCGUAAAAACCAGCGAUUAUCACGAUUUGAGCUCGAGAUAAAUUGAUGUCUUUCGCGUCUAGUGUAAAGACCAUUUUAUUGUAAAGAGGCCACUUCGAGCAAAUUCGAGAAGUCUUACUUCAUCCUAGGACCCCCCAUAAAUUAUAUAUAUAUUGUGAAAGUAACCCCCACCCGAUCGUUAAGGAAACUACAAAAGUUCAAGAUUCAUCAUCGCGCCGAAGUUCUUUAUCUACAGUCGUGUUUAGACCAUCGGUGUUUACUAUUUUCGGCUGUAAAUAGAGUGAUUUUCGCUUCCAGUCCCUCAUCCGUGCUACACUCACCCGUGUCUGAAUGGAGGCAUCUGUAUUGACUCGUACAGUGGUUACAGCGCUUAUCCUGAUAGAUGGAAUCAUGGAUCUCUACACUAUCUGUGCCUCUGUCAAGCAGGUUUUAUAGGGUCCAACUGUGAAGGUAACAUGUAACUUUUGCGACUGUCAUUGACUUUGAUUAAUUAAUUACAUGAAAGCAAUGAGUGUGUUGAUAACAUAGAAAUGUACAUAGGGGAGGCAUGGAAAACAACUUCGCCCCAUGUAGGUAAGGGUAUUUCGCUCCGUAUAAGGUAUAACGUACGGUAUCCAGAUUCCGGAAACCGGCAAAUCUUUGCUAGUGGAAUCCGGAAUCCUCGGAGUUCAGCUCAAGAAAUCCGCCGGAAUCCGGAAACACGGAAUCCUGAAACCUGUACUGGGAAUCCGGGAUCCACAACGUGGAAUUCAGAUCAUCCAAGACUGUCUUGGAUUUACCUCACAUUGCCUAUACGCCAUAUUUCAGUCGUUCGACACCACUUUCUUUGUUCAAUGUUGCCGUACCAACACUUGGCAACCUGUGGUUCUUGGAUACACCAAACAUCAGUGAAAAUGGCUGAAACGGUCCGAAACUUUGAGCACAUACUCCUUGCAUUUCGCUCGACGAAUAGCUCGAGGUUGGGAAUAUUUAUUUAUUUUUUAUUGGUUAUUAUUAAAACGAAAACCGUGAGUUUAACGAAGAAUUAUUGACCAUAUAAUUGUAUAAAUAAUAUCCCAGGAUGUCUAUAUUAUGAAACCUGUAAACGCCCAAGAUACCCUGCGAGCAGAGAUUUCUCUCUUCAUGCAUGGAUUUUAGCGUUUACGAAGUCGUUCGCGACUUAUAAGCCGCAGGAAAACAUGCUCAAAGGAAAAUUCAAGCGGCUCGCUGCAGAGGUUUUUCCCGGGGCGUAUAGAACAAAGCAACUACGCGACUGGCGACGCGAAUAACUUCGUAAACGCUAAAAACCAUUAAAGAGAGAAACCUCUGCUCGCAGGAUAAGUCCAAGAUAGAUAUUCUUCUGAAUACUCAAUUUAACUUUUUCCUAUCUUAAUAUUUACUUUUAGUGGACAUAUGUAAGAAGUGUGACAUAAAUGCCAAAUGUAUAAAUGAAACCUGCGUUUGUGUAGAAGGCUUUUAUGGAGACGGUUUCAUGUGCCACAGUGAGUACACUAUCCUGUAUCGUUUUAUGAUUUCCCUAAGCACAGAACAUGGGGCCUUUCCCUGGGUUUAGAGGAGGAAGGCCACAGCCAAGUUACCGUUAAAAUUGUUCAAAAUUGUAAUUGUAUGCUGUUCACAACAAAGACCUGUGAGAAUAAGGGUAUGGAAUUUAUUGGGAUUUCACUAUAAGAAACCAGUAUUUACUUUUGAAAAAUAGACUCAGUCCACCCAUUCACCAAGACUCUGCUCAUUCGAGAGCAGCGCAAAUUACUUUCAACCUUGACCGAUCCUUAUCCGAUGCCGAUUAUGCUUUUAAAAACUCACUCGCCUUCCAUUUCCUAUUUUUACAAGAAGUCUGAUCUGUCCUUAUAUUUAUGCACAAAUUUUAUUUUCAUUCUUUAUCCUUUUUGCCUGAAGAAUUGUUUUCAAAGAAACUCGCAAGCAGAUCUUCACGUGCAGUCAAUCAAAUGAUUAUACCAAGGUCCAGGUCCAGACUAGGCGGACAUUCCUUGUACAGAGGACCUGUUAUAUAAAACUUUUGAAACACAAUUAUCAAUUUUUAGGUCAGUGUGUUACUAAACAGUUUUAAGAACUCUGUGAAAAAAAUCAAAGCUGACAUGUAGGUCUUAAGUUCUUUAAACAAAGAAUCAUCCGUUGUUACGAUGAAAUCAAAGGAUUUUUAUCAAUUGUUAAUAUAUUUUUAGAUUCAUUUUGAAAUUAAUUAAAUGUAUGCAUUGUAAUCUUUAGUAUUUUAGCUUCAUCUUAAUUGAAUUUUUUAAAUAGUUUUAUUUCUUGUCUAUGUUGCUAUCUCUCUUUCUUAAUUAUUUGUACUUCAGCGGCUGUUGCCUUUUUCUAAACCUACUCAAAUAAAGUAUGUAUGUAAGUAUAUGUAUGAAUGUAUGCAAUGUUUUUUUUUAUCCAGAAAUACCACACCCUUGUCAUCCAAAUCCUUGUAAAAACGGCGCCAAGUGUAAAGAACUCCAAGGUGGGGAAUACGAUUGUGAGUGCCCGCCAGGUACCAGCGGUAAACACUGUGAAGGUAAGGAACCGCUCGCGUGAUGUUAGAUUUAACUCACCCUAUGUAAAGAAAGUCAUGAGAACUAAAUAGGCCAUUUCCGAGUUCCAAAACCCCCACUUACAAAACGAAGCUAAGACCCUUUUUACAUGGAGUGGGGGACCCCGGUCUAGCGGGGUAGGUUUCUUUUGUUUUGUGUCCCCCAGAGCGUGAAAACAAAAGAAACCAACCCCACUAGACCGGGGUCCCCCACUCCAUGUAAACAAGCCCUAAGUUCAAUCUUUGAAAAUAAGUUUUAUUUGCAUGAUAAUAGAAUAUCAUUUUCAUAUCAAUGGUUUCACACUUAAUCUCGCUUCAAAACAGACGCUUGGAACAACUUGGAAAUGGCUUAUAUGUGAACGAUCAUAUAGUUACCUACAAACACAGGCAGCCAAGUUUGAUAUUACCAGAUAUAAACUGUUGAUGAUAGCGACAUGGAUUCAAAUCAAGUAUCUCCCACUCACCUCAAAAGUUCAUGAAUACGUUAUGGCUGUGGACGUUUUAACUAAAUAGUGUUCUUUUAAAAGGGACUAGGAAAAUGAGCCCUCGGUAAAAGACGGUAGCCAAAACAAACUUUUUUCUGUUAAUAUUUAACUAUUAUUGACUGAUUCGGCUUGCUUAUGAUAUGACGAAUUAAGCAGAUUUCGGAGGCUGUAAUACACCGAGGCUGAAUCUUACACAAUAUAGCCCUUUUUGCUUCACACCAGUAACUUGAAUUAAGGAGUGAGGGACAAUCAGGUCUUAACCCUUUAAGCCCCAAGAUCCAAAUACAAAUUCUCCCGACCGAUCUCCAUACAUUUCUUUUAAGAAUAGUUGAGAGAAUUUGGUUUAAGAUCAAAGUAUUCCCCCCUUGGUCAUCAAUUUAGUAAUUCUCAUAACCUUUACUCUUGUUGAUCUGCUGAUGUUGUUAGGAGAAAAUUGAUGUUGGACACUCUUGGGACAUAAAGGGUUAAACUGAUCGAUUCAUUUAUUCACAUUUGAUUUUUUUCUAACUUUAGAGAAAGACGCUUGUGUCCCCAAUCCUUGUAAGAACGAAGGAAAAUGCUUACAAACUCCUGAAGGUGGAUUCAGAUGUGUUUGCGAAAAAGGAUACACUGGUGAAAACUGCGAGCUUCGUAAGUCUGAACAGUUCGCCAAGAAAAUCUGACGAAUGCUUAAUAUAUGUUUGCUCAUUUUUAAUGUUCAGUGUUUUGUCCUGUUUCGAUUUCAAGGUAAAAUACCGUGAACUUGAAACCUAUAGUAACGUGACUACGCGUGAGGGAAAGUUUUACGAUAUCUUUUGUUGUUUUAUAACGUUCAAUCAUUGUUUAAUGUGACGCUGCCUAACAUAACAGAAUGUAACUCUGUUGUACCAGACUUCAUUGUUGGGUCAGUCAAAGACUGGAUUAAGAUUGCUUGAUUGUCUUUCUUAGCUAUUAAUGGAUGCGAAAGCAAUCCUUGCCAAAAUGGAGGAACUUGCCUGUUUGAAAACGGCAAGGUGGUUUGCAAGUGUAAGGGAAAAUUUAGUGGACCAACUUGCGCAGGUAAACUUUUGUUUUAGUUACGAGUAAUCUUACUCCAAAAAGCAUGAGCACCGGAAAUAUUUCAUUAAUAUUGACAGCGUAGACUACUAACCCUGAUUCAUCCCACGACGUCUCCGAACGAGAGAAGCGGUCUCCCCUCGCUGCUUCCCUUGAACGUGCUUCUCUCUUAUGUAAUAAUUAAACAGACACUAACCAAUUACAACCUAGGACACUCAAACAGACCACGAGACCAUCAAUGGAUUACCGUUACGCUUGCGGAUACUGUUCUCAUACCUAAAGAAAGCCCGGUGCAAACGGACGCAACAUUGCUGGUCAACAACUCCCAACAUUGUUGGAUGUUACAUGUUGCGUCACGUCCGUUUGCACACCCUCUUUCAUGUUGUUGGAAGUUGUUGCACAAAGUUCGAGACCGGUCAAACUUUUGAACCAACAACUCCCAACAUUUCAUUUGUUCUGUGAUCGCCAAAGCGUAACGCAACAAUAGGGCCAAUUAUACGAAGAAACAUAACACGCGUCUUGAAUAAGACGCUAACUGUACCAUUUAUACGAGCAUGUCUAAUCUAAGACGAGAACAGCUCGUAUAAAUGGUUCGCGUCUUGUUUCUGUUCUUGACUCGUUUUCAUGUGAAUGUUGCCCGUAGCAAAGGCAAUCCAACGUGGCGCGCCAAAAAUUAACGCAUGUGUACUAUGCGUGCGCGUCUUAUGUAGGACGCGAAGGUCAUUUAUACGACGUUUUUCGCGUCUUAGUUAAGACGCGUCUUAGCUAAGCCGCGUCUUAUUUUAGACGAAUUAAAUGUGCCGUUUAUACGGAAAGUUCGCGUCUUAUUUAAGGCGCGUCCUAUGUAAGACGCGUCUUAUUUUUCCUCGUAUAAAUGGCCCUAAUGUUUGAUCCAUUUGCAAAGCUUUCCAACAUUUUAGUGCUACGCUCACGCAUUACACAUGGUCUUCUUAGUGAUCAUUAACGUGUGUCACAAUGUUGUUGCUUGAAUUAUUCAGAUUUAUCUUAUUAUGAUAUAAGUCCCAAUAUUUUUCGGCCCACCAUUGUUGGGAUUUGUCGUGUCCGUUUGCACAUAGACAUAGCUUAAUAUUCAGGUGAAUAUUGGCCUGUAUAUCAUUCCAGAAACAUCUUUGAUGUUGACAGUUUGCAGUAGAAUUAGCCCUCAACAAGCAUCUUACUUUGCUUAGGUUAUUCACAACACAGACUGACAUAACUAUUUUUUUUUUUUAGAUUGUAGUUGUCCUAAGGGCAAUCCAUUGGCAGUGCCACCUAUUUAUGCGCAAAAAUGUGAUCUGGAGGGGAGCUGUUAUUGUGCAGGAGACAUGGAUCUAACGGAAACCGGAUGCGCGCGGAAGCGUAAGUAUGACUAUACCUUAGGGUAGCUAGUGACAGAAUAGAGAGAUAUCUGUACACAACGUCUAGCCUUCGACAAUUCCGGGGUUGUUACUAAAACGAAGGAACGUAGAACGUGGAAUGAGCACAGGGAGGGGGUAAAAGAAAGCCAAUUCAUGACAAAAACCUAACUUAAACCGUGGCUGACCCUAUCAGUAACGUCAUCACCAAUUCUUUCAUUUCUUUCCCUUUUUUCAAUUUCCCGUUUCUCGUGCUCUUUUCCUGUUUCUCUUCUUAGUAACAUCCCAAUUCUGGGGUUUUUUCCUUAGUUUCUUUAAGGUUAUUCUAUUGUUCAUAAUCAAUCAAUACAUAAUGCAUUGCAUUGAAAAGCAUGAGCCAGAGAAAACAGACGACAUUUUGCGACGCCACUAAUGGGUUUCCCCGCGAAAUGACGUCUGAGAAACGAGCGCAGAAAUUGGCGUCCCAAAAUGUCAUCUGUUUUCACAGGCUAGCAUUUAAUGCGUUCCAUGCAGUGCAGAAAGUUAGAUAAAACUAAAUAGUUCCAUUUUUAUUUUUUUCUCUCUACCUUAGGGAAAAACCUUCCUUGCGAAUCUAACCCUUGUCAAAACGGAGGAACAUGCGUGAAUCUUCAAAAUGAAAAUAAUAAUAUCUAUCAAUGUAUCUGUGCUGAAGGAUUCACGGGAACCAAUUGUGAAAAACGUAAGAAUCAUUGUGGUUGCUUGCAAUUCAUUCUCAAAAUCAGGAAUGUCUGAUGGAUUGCAAAUUGAAAAAUAAUAUAACUUGGACUUCUAACUAAUAAAAAAGUUCUAAAAACAGGUAUUCCAAGAUUUUCAGGACAAAACGUUUCAAUUUCUACAAUUUCGAAUAAUUCUAUUCUAUCAGUAAACAAGAGCUAUGGAAACUGAAUGGCCUUGAAAUGACUGUGAAAAGAAAUUAAAGCGGAACGUCUACCGGGACGCCCAUCUUUUCGUUGAGUUCCCAAAAGUAACAACUCAGCAACAGGAACGUGCACGGAACUCUGUAUAUAUUAUACGUUAGCUUAAUGUGGAAAAUCUUAAACGACACUCAACUAAAUUGCACUCUUACCUUCAGACAUGGAAAUGGCCUCUAUUGUUGGUUUUCACAUGACCUCACUAUAAAUUCAAACUACAAAACUAUCGAUCCUACUGAGACGUUAUUUUCAUGGUGUAUUAGAGCAGCUGAAAACUAAUUGUCAAACAAAUUCUCGCUUCAAAAGGUUUCUUGGUUUUGUAAUAGAGUACUCUUGAAUUUCAUUUCAUGAAAAAUAAUCGAGAAAAUCUAAACAUUUCAAGUAUUAGAAACUUCAAUGAAUAAAUUCAGGCAGCAAAACUUAAUGUUUUGUUGGUCUCCGUAUUUUUGGUAAAGUCUCCAUACAAGGCUCUAUAAAUUUUCAACUGAAUUAAGAGGGUCUUUUUACAUUUACAUCCUUUCAUUUCCGAGAUUCUGACUUUAUCUACGGGCGAUUUUUAUUUUGAUCUAUUUUCUUUGAAAAACCGCAACUAAAUCCAAUUUCAUGAGACAACAAAAUUAGAAAGCUGAAUAAGCAGCAGGCAGACUUAAAAUUUUAUAUUUUUCCAACGAUUGUCAACUGAAUUAAAGUACAUCCUGUGAAUAGAGGUCUCCAACGGUUAACACCUGUAUUUAUGAUAGAGAUCUGUACAAAUGGUGGCAUCUGUAAACCUGUUGGCAACCAGCCGACAUGUAUUUGUCAACCUGGAUACACUGGAGCAAGAUGUGAAAACAAACCAGGUAAACAAGCCCUUGGUUGUUAUUCAUCCCACAGCUUGUCCGACUGCACCCUUCCGGCAGAGUCUUCCUUUCGCUUGCUCGAUUUUGAAUUAAUCGAGAAAGACUCUGCAUGAAUCGUAUAUCUCGUACCGAGAGCCUGCGAUCCUUUUGGUCAACACUAAGGAUCACUUGCCUCUAGAAGAAUCCGUAAAAAAAUCUCUGAUUGGCCAAUAAAAUCGCGUUCAUCGAAUGCAAAUUUCUUGCAAAUAAAAAAAAACUGUGCGCAUGUUGAUUUGAUUUUGACAUGUCAUUUGUGUGCACACCAAUCUGAUCACCUCUUCACUCAAGAACACAAAAGGAAUCUCUGCUUGAAGGGUGGUCCCACCGGAAAAAAGAAGUCUAUAUAAAGUUUAUCAUGAUGCUGAGUAGGUAUCAACUCCACUGAAUUUACGUUUUGUUAUUUCCUGAGUUGAUGAAUUAUCAAAUGUAAAUGACUGAAUUGUCCUUUUGAAGGUAAUAUAGCGAUAACUGUAGAUCAAACAUUUUAAUGCAGUAAUUGCCAAAGUAACAGUCUCAUUCUGGGUAUAGAAACGAGAUAAAAUUAGAAAAAAUCUAGAAAGAAAUGUUUCAUUAUUCUCUACACUUCGAAUUGUAUAGCCAAUCAACAUUACCUUCUAUAAAUAUAUAUUUAAUACUGGUGCAUAAAAAGCUCUUCAACAGAACAAAUUCCAAAAAAAAAAAUGCGUUUUCUUCUGUCUGGGAUUAUGUAAAGCACUAACGGUAUAUGAACUUUCAAAAGCCAUAUAACGACCUGAUCUCAUCGUACUUUAAACAUCCAAUGCAGACUAAAAUGCUCUUCUGAAAAGCUAUUUUACCAGCUUUUUUCUUUAACCAGUAGUUCUAAAAAUCUCGUCAAAUAAACGUCUUCACCAUUAUCUGAUCCUCUUAACUCUGGAGCAGGUGUUAAACUGACUGGUGUCAUUUUCCAGUGUACAACCCAAUGGAGUGUAACGUACUUUUUAUCACCUUUUUGCUUUUUCCACUACUAACUUUAAUUGUAGGGACCAAAGACUAUUGCCAUCCCAACCCAUGUCUAAAUAGCGGUACAUGUGUCCAAGUAUUGGGUGGAUAUGACUGCCAUUGCGAUGAACAAUACACUGGAGCUCAUUGUGAAGGUAACAAGAACAAACCCGUGGUCAUCGAAGAUACACUUAUCUUGAGGAAAACACAUAAGGUUCUUUCCAGAAUUCAUGUAGAACUGCCUUUGGUCAAAGUUGGAGUGUCCUAUUUAUCUUCCAGAUAAGUCACUAGUUACUCCGCAGAUAGACCACAAUUAAGCUAGUUGCGGAUAGAAAUUUAGCCGAUUUGCGGUGAACCACCAGAUUUGUGAACUACCUGCAAUUGAUCUUAACGGUCUGUGAGUUGUCCUUGUAGUCUGAACCUCUAUAGGAGGUCAUUCCGUAAGAAAAUUAGAAAAACAAGAACAGCAACAAUAAAACCCAACAUAAUAAUAAUAAACAAAUUAAAGACUUCUAGUAAGGCAACUAAUAGCCAUGCGGUGAUGAAUGAAAAGAAAAAAAAAACGAUAGACAAAGUUCUGACAAAGGCACUGCCCGUGUCAUUUUCAUGUUUAUAAGUCCUUUAUAUCCAAACCAAAACUUCGUUUACGGUUUUGAUUCUCAGAGGAUUUACAAGGUGUUUCGUUUUAAACUAAACACACCGUUGUCAUCCUUUGCUUUGUUCUGAUGAAAAAUCGCAUCUUUAUUAGGCCAAACAUUUCUUUUAUAAUUCCUAGUCGACAAGUGUGCCAAGUGUGAUGUCCACGCCAUCUGUGUUCGGGGACGCUGCAAAUGCAUACCAGGUUACAUAGGAACAGGCUAUGAAUGUAUCAAAGGUAAAAUGUUUAUUCAGGAGGAAGAUGAUUAAAUUUCUUGUAAUCAGUGACACGGCGGCUCGGAAGAAAAACUCCGAGUACUUCCCAACAUGAGUCGAACCUGUCGCCCCAUGUAAUGAUGAAAGGGAAAUUGCAAGACAGUCUUGGAUUCUGGAUUCUACGCCGUAGAUUCGGAUUCCAGUUACUGGAUUCCAGGUCUUUGUCAGUGGAACGAGGAUUCUGGGUUUCAAACGUUAGUGGAAUUCCGGAUUCCAAAGCCCAAGAUUUCGGAUUUUAUUAGCCAAAGUUUCCAGGAUUCGAAUUCCACAAGAAACAAUUUUUCGGAUUCCGGAAUCCGGAUUGCCUUAUAUGGGGCGAAACCAAUGCCCUUUUGGUAAUAGUACAGAUACUCUACCACUGAGCUUCUCGAGACCCGUUGAAACUAAACCAGGUGCAUGUGAUCCUUGCUUGCCAAUAGGAAGUUUGGGAAUGGUUAUGCUUGCAAACAGAAGGUUCACUGAGAUAGAUCUGUAAGAGUGCAACUUUCCGUUGAAAUCUCAGACUGACCCUAUGUAAAUAGGUCACGGUCAGACCUUUCCUCUCUAGUUCAUUAUUUUAAUUUGUUUCCCUCCUCAAUAUUUGAGCAAUUCGCGGUGCAACUGAAUGUCAAUUUCGAGGGUUAAUACAAAGACACUCGAACGGCUAAUUUAGCAUGACGGAAUUAUUUUUGGACUGCUACUUCUGUGAAACGUUUCCCUUGCUCAGCCAAUCUCUAGAGUUUUUUUCGCUAUUACUGAAUUACAAAUGAACUUAAGUACCCGUAAAAUUAAAUUUACAGUGAAACCUCUAUUAAGCGGACCCCCAAUUAAGCGGACACCCUCUAUUAAGCGGACACUAAGCCGGGUCCCGAAAUUGACGUCUUAUAUUUCCUUUUGUAACGAUCCCCUAUUCAGCGGACACCUCUGUUAAGCGGACGCGGACGCUAAAAUAAGUUGUAUUUGGCUAAUUUCUAUUGUUAAAAAACUCUAUUAAGCGGACGACGGACUGAAUUGACAAUAGUAGUACUGGAUUGCGUCCUCGAAAUACGUACUGAAGUCAGUUAAUGUUUUUCCAGUAACAAACAAAUUAAAGUUGGCAAUGAAAGGUAAUGAACUUCAACUCUGGAUAGCUUCUUUAACAAUAUGAAACUUUAUCACAGUACAGAGUAACCGUUGAAUGUGGAUCGUUAACUAACAUUAAUUGCGCAAUUUUUACACCCUCUAAUAAGCGGACACUUGGGAAGGUCCCGAAGGUAUCCGCUUAAUAGAGGUUUCACUGUACUUUUAAAAUGUUGAUAAAUGUUUUUUUAGCUCGGAAAAAGCACUGCCCGAUGGUGUGUCCUAUCUACUCGACAUGUAUACAUGGCGCUUGCCAGUGCCUACCGGGAUAUCAGAUGCAGGGAAACAACUGUAUACGUAAGUAGGACAUUUUUUAAAUAAAGAAUUUUUUCUAAUUUUUAGUGGAUGCAUUCUUAAGGGAAAAUCCUGCUUUCCUUCUACCACAUUUGGAAUAUAUGCUACGUCCUGAAAAUAACUUCUUUCUAGAGCUCCCAGGCUUCUCUCUGAGUAGCGAUUCACAUGAUUGCUAUUGGACCUAAACAUGCAAAAACUAACAAAAUAAUGUUCCGACGUCUCUGUAACCUCAUGAUGCCAUUAUCAAAAAAGGAAAUAAAUUAAUGCGAGUUAAAAAGACUUAAAGUACUUAAAAUUUGCAUGAAGAAAAAUACAACUAGUCAAGACAAAGACUUGAGAAUGGAUUAAAUCCAUUUGCGAGUUCAAAGGCGGUCUUUUUUGUAGUUUGAUGUACAGCAUUUCUUUAACAAAAAAGUCAAAUUUUUUCUUGCAUUUCUUCAGCACCUAAAACAACUGAGGAGGUCAUUAGGAACAGCAUCUACAGCUUCCUGGUCUCUGUGCAGCUGUAAUUUUCAUUUAUGCAAAUAUACAGUACUAUAACUGUUUUUGAAGUUGCAUCGAUUUAUUUCUCUUUCUUGAUAAUGGCGAAAAAUGUUACGUAAAGAAAUAAACUUUACAGGCAUACAGUAUGAUAAAAAUAAUAGCAAGUUAUAAGGAUGGUUACUAAAGACUGUUGUUGCCGGUUAUCAUGACAGCUCCUUUACCCAUCGCACACAAGCCCUUGCCUACUCAACCACACACUCCUCCUCCAACGCCACCACCACCGCCGCCGCCACCACCACCACCACCACCAAUGCCUCUACCACCGCCACCGCCAUCAUCAGCGACGUCUGGGUAUCCUGCAGUGGUGUACUAUUAUCCUUACGGCAAGCGAAGUCAUGUACAGAGUCAAUUUAAGUCUAGUUGAACUAACAAACAAGACUAAAUGCUUACUUAAAUGAAGGCUAAGUGUAAGUUAAAAUUUCGUGACGUUACUGUAGAGCUGCAUGAAUAAUACUACAAACUCAGGUCACACACGUGGUGGUGGAGAUGGUUGGAAGGUGGAUUAAUUCAAUGCCAUGCGACUGAAACUAUCAGACGGUACCUACCUACACUACUUAGCAGUUUCAAUUUAAUUUUUUUUCAUUGGUUCGGAAUCAUAGAAGAACCCAUCAAAUUUCUUCAAGGCUUUAACUUCAGCUUAAAACUUAACCUGUCCAGUGGCAACGAUAGCGUUAUCAUUUUUGUGAAACUAUUUUAACUAACGGAAACAUUCGACGUGUAACAUUUGCGUUUACAAACUGGACUUACAGGUUUGACGGUUUACGCCAUACAUAACGGUGAAGACGAAGAAGAGGAAGAGGAAGAGGAGGAGGAAGAAGAAACUCGUCCAUCUCCUCCUAUUCCCAGCACGAUACACCCGACCAAACCGACAGAACCACCUAUAUCUCCUGUACCUACGCACGCUACGGGCGGUCCACCUCCUGAGCCAUCUCCCCCACCACCACUAACAACUCCCCCGCCUCUUGCCACACCCGCGACUCCUUCACCACCGCCUCCGAUCCCUGUACCCUCACCACCACCACCUGUACCUGUACCCUCACCACCUCCUCCUGUACCUGUACCUUCAGCACCUCCUCCCGUCCCAGUACCUUCAGCACCCCCUCCUGUACCAGUUCCAUCCCCUUCCCCCUCAUCUCCGCCGCCGUCCCCUCCACCCGUCCCCCAGCCUCCACCUCCUGUGGCAGCACCUCCCCCUCCUGUUGCAUCACCACCCCCUCCUGUCCCCCAACCUCCUCCUCCUGUUGCAGGACUUCCGGCUCCCCCUGCUCCUCCACUUCUCGCUGGAAGCCCACCUGCCGCUGCUCCUCCCUCUUCGGUGACGUCUUCUCCUGGAUCAUAUGGGCCUCCAUCUUUUGACUAUCGCUAUUCUGACUACCCAGCCAAUCCUGCUAAUAUUGGAUAUCAGCCUAAUUACAAUAGUUAUUCUAAGCCACCUGAGACCCUUUAUAAUCGAUUAUAUCAGACGUCUGCAAACACCCAGAGUUAUCAAAACUACUACAAUCAACCUUACCAGACGUAUUCUAACCAACCUUAUAGAGGCUACUUUGAACGGCCAUAUCAAAGAUCGACGUAUAGUCAGCCACCCAGUAGGGCCUAUAUUAGACCUUACAAAAGACCCUACAUCAGCUAUAACUCAGCGUAUUACUCCCCUUUUCAAAGGACUUACAUCAAACCUUAUAUGGGACAAUACAAUAGACCAUACAGAGGAAGCUAUAAUGUACCUGCUCGGAGUUCUUCUAGUAGGCUUUACAUAAGACCCUUUAACACAUCCAACAGAAACACCUAUAACAGUUCCAAACAGAGAAUGUAUACUAACUAUUAUCAAAGGAAUCCGAGCAUC